AUGGCUGAUGGCCAUAGAAAAGGAAUGGAAAGUAAUGAAAAGAAGAAGUUUGUAUUUGGAUCAUCAACACCACGUGAUUUCUCCUACAUGUGUGGUGUACCUGUAACGUUACGUACCUAUGAUUCAAAAAUUAAACCAAUAAAACGAUCAAAGGAUCAGACUUUGUCACAUUAUAUGCGACAGGCACGAUCUAUCACUCGAAAUCACUCAA